CGCUGGUGUCUAAGCAGCAAGCUCGACUGGUAACGUUGUGGUAUUUAGCCGGUUGUUGCUAGCCGUCAGACGGUCAGACCCCGUCACAAUCAGUAGUAGCUAGUGUGGACCGAGUUCUCGUGCGUUGCUUGAUCCCGGCAGUAGAAAACGGUAUUUUGUGUUAAUUUUGAUCAAUCAGGUUGACAAGUGUACGAAAUGCCACUGCCGGUUGAGAAGAAACCAUUGCACAUUCCACCGCUCGAGGAGGUUGCCACGGUUCUUCAAAAUGCGCUAAAGAAGAGCUUUGUCGAAGCAUCUGUAGCAGUCGUCGACUGCCCUGAUUUGACACGACAGCCGUUCCGGUUGGAAUCGAAGGGGCUGUGCGGAUCACCGAGACUCGCUGACGUGGGUGGAGUUCCCUAUCUGAUGCCUCUGGUCAACAAGGAAAGGGUAUAUGACCUGAAAGAAUUGGCAAAAUUGGUCGAUUUGCCGAAUGCUUUUGUUCUCGGAGCUGGCGCAGGUCCUUUUCCAUACGUCGGAGUGAACAGCGAGCUGAUGGCAAACCUCAAAGCUGGAGAAAAUGCGUCGAAUGGGUCACAUAUCGCCAAGCUCGACCCUUCGUCAGGCAACUACAUACUCCAGAAGCUCCCGGCAACAGAGACCGGUUGUGCGUUGCUGCUGAACAUGUACGCUUGUGAGGGCAAGAACGGCAAGGUUUUGCAUGUCAAGGCAAAGAAACGCACUGCCGAUACCAACCUCGUGUCUUGCAUGAGAAAAGGCCUAGAGGAAUUUUACGGCGACAAGAGCGUCGGUCUAGGAGGCACCUUCCGGCUGGUUGAGGGCAAGGUCAAGUGUCACGUUAUGCCAGAGUUCUCGAAGACGCCAAUUACUUGCGAUGCCGAAGUUAAUAAGUGGCUCAAAUUCUUCGAGAUGCCCGCGCCAAUGGUUUUCAUGUCCACUUUCGUCUCCAAGGAAAAUGGCCAAGAUUUACGUCUAGAGCAUUCUCACGGGUACGGAAGUGAUUGGGGUGGGCACUAUCACUAUGAUACCACCCCUGAUAGCGUCGAGUACGAAGGUUAUUACAAUGUGGCAGAGUUUAUGUACCGAGUGGACAGGCCGACAGAUUCCCAUGGAUUUGGAAGGGACUAAAAUGUAUCCUUGAUAUUUUGAAGAGUAUUUGCACAAUUUUGAUAUAUAUUUUUUCUACUAAGGGUUUCGUAGUACAUUUUAUGUAUACAAUCAAUAUGAAUAUGAUAGAUAUUCACACGUUUAUAUAAUGUACUUAUACAGCGUUUUGCAA